UAGCUCUCCAGCACCUCCGCGGGGCGGAAGUCUCGCUUGGGAUUACAAGGGCAGGCCUGCUGUGUCUCAGAGACACUCGGUAACCUUUAGUGUUUCAAACCAAACUCGCCUUUCUUCCAGGAAUGUGUUCCAUGCUUGCAUCUGAUUCAUUACAAUAGUCAGAAACCUCUGCACAGGUGGUUCCUCCGGUCUGGUGUGAUACGUACAGCUUGUCACCACAACUUGGGGUGGAGAGGGGCAUGUCAGCAGUACUGCAGGGCACAGCAGCUGCUACUGGAGCAGAGCUGGUGUGUGAAGUGAAUGCUCUUCUGUUGACUUGUAAAGCCGAAAAGAAAGUCACUUUAAACCCUGUUAUCCUUGCUAUUGUAAAUCAUAAGAACAUUAGGUGUCCUCAAGAGAUGAGAUAGAGAAUUUCUAUAUUCACAGAUGAAAUGACUGACUAUUGAUUUACUCAGGCCCUUAUAAGGUAUAACAACACAAUAAACUUGUCAGAUGUGUAUCUACAGCUAAAAGAAUAGAGGAAUCAGUAGGUAUCUAGUGGCUUCAUUACAGUGAUUUAUUGAUGCAUUUGUUUUAACACCCAGACAGGUAGAAAAGACUUUUUUUUUUUUUUUUCCACUAACUAAUACUAAGUAUCUUUCCUUGGACACACCUAAAGACAGCACAUUUUUCACACUUUUCUCACCAUGCUUCUAAUUGCCCGCCCAGCACACUGGAAGUGCUUUGAUGUAGGUUUUACUCUGAGGAGCCUUGGUUUCUCUGCCUCAUAUGAGCUCUCCUUACUAUGGAAUCAAAUAUAAGCUCUGUGGUAUUACUUCCAAAGACUUUCAUAUCAUCACUUCUCAUUCAAUGUUGAGAAGUCUUGAUUCCUGGCCUUCUCAGAAUUCCAUCCUUGACUGCACAGAACACUUGACUUCUUGCCUGCUGCCUGAGCUUCUUGGGAUGAAUUCUUCCUAAAUAUUUGGUAUGUCAAAACCUACAAAUCCUACAUAAUUCUUAGAGGGCAUGUUUCCAGAAAUAGCUGAUGAGCUUGCAGGAUGGACGCUUGACAUUUUUUCCAGGAAAUCAGACUGUGGAUUUACCUUCCGUAAAUUUUAUGAAAAGAUAUGGCACUGUCUUUCUCAAUGCCUAUACCAAUUCUCCAAUUUGUUGUCCUUCGCGUGCAGCUAUGUGGAGUGGUCUUUUCACCCAUUUAACAGAAUCUUGGAAUAACUUCAAAGGUCUAGAUCCAGGUUACAUAACAUGGAUGGAUCUCAUGGAGAAGCAUGGCUACUACACACAGAAGUUUGGGAAAUUGGACUAUACUUCUGGACAUCAUUCAGUUAGUAACCGUGUGGAAGCUUGGACUAGGGAUGUUCACUUCCUGCUCCGGCAAGAAGGGAGACCCAUGGUAAAUCUUACAGGUGAUAGGAAGCAGGUUAGAGUGAUGGAAGCAGAUUGGCGGAAUACUGAUAAAGCAGUAAACUGGAUAAAGGAAGAAGCUGUUAACCUUACUCAACCAUUUGUUCUUUACUUGGGACUAAAUUUACCACAUCCAUACCCAUCACCCUAUGCAGGAGAAAAUUUUGGAUCCUCUACAUUUUUAACAUCUCCCUAUUGGCUUGGAAAGGUAACCUAUGAAGCUAUUAAAAUACCCAAGUGGUCUUCUCUCUCCGAGAUGCAUCCAGUAGACUAUUACUCAUCAUACACCAAGAAUUGCACAGGAGAGUUUACAGAGGAAGAAGUGAGAAAUAUUAGAGCAUUUUAUUAUGCUAUGUGUGCAGAGACAGAUGCCAUGCUGGGUGAGAUUAUUUCAGCUCUCAGAGAUACCGGGCUUCUUAGAAAAGCAGUCCUUAUAUUCACUGCAGACCAUGGAGAACUUGCUAUGGAACAUCGUCAGUUCUAUAAAAUGAGCAUGUAUGAAGGAAGUUCCCAUGUUCCUCUUUUAGUUAUGGGGCCAGGUAUAAAAGAACAGCAGGAAAUACCAAAUGUAGUAUCUCUUGUGGAUAUAUAUCCUACUAUGCUUGAUAUAGCAAGAAUUCCUGUCCCACAAAACCUCAGUGGAUAUUCUCUUAUACCGCUGCUACAUAAAAAGACUGAGAGUAAAGUGUCACCAAGAGGACCUCGGCCCUCUUGGGUGCUGAGUGAGUUCCAUGGGUGCAACGUGAAUUCUUCUGUGUAUAUGCUGCGAACUGGCAAAUGGAAAUAUAUCGCGUACUCAGAUGGCUGUUCAGUACUGCCACAGCUAUUUGAUCUUACUGCUGAUCCAGAUGAGCUAACAAAUGUUGCCAUAAAAUUCCCAUUAAUUGUACAUUCCUUGGACAAAAUACUCCGUUCUAUAGUAAACUAUCCAAAGGUUUCUUCUUCUGUUCAGGAGUAUAACAAACGACAGUUUAUCAGUUGGAAACAAAGUUUGGGUCAGAAUUACUCAAGUGUUAUUGCGAACCUUAGGUGGCAUCAAGACUGGUUAAAGGAACAAAAAAAAUAUGAGAAUGCAAUUGACAAAUGGCUUGGGGAGUAGACAGAAACAACCUGGAUUUAAUAUGACUGAGGGUAUGAAAACGCUAUGCAUUUGUAAUAUUAUACUGUAUUUCAAGUAUUAGAAUUAUUGUCUUAUAUAAGCUAUUGAAAGUAAAGAUUCCCAAACAGUUACUGCUUUGCGUUAGGGAACUAAGAGCAUUUUAUAUAAUGCCAGCAUAACAAAACUAGUGUUUUAGAUGUUAUUGUUCUCUAACACUUAAAUGUACACAGCAAGGGUAAUGUGUAAAUACUAAUUCUGUGUAUGGAAUAUUUAGCUGAUUACAAAAAUACAGAGUAUUAAGCAUUAAAACUCAGUAGGAAUUUCCAUUUAUAAAGAUGGAGUAAAGAUUAUAAAAUCUAGUGAAGUAAGCUACCAGUUACAGUGGAAUUUGUCAGAUUGAUUAUAGGUCCACAUUAAAUACACAUUCAUCCACUUAAGAGAAGCUAUAGCAGUUAAAAUAUAAUCAAAAAUUUAAUAACGAGUACUGGUCUGAACAUAGAUGCAGUUUAUUCAAGUGUCGGCAUUCCUGUAUCAUAUACAUGAGACUCUCCAUCUUUUCAACAUCUGACUGCUAACCUCUUGCAUUUAGAUCUGGUACUUAACACUCCCUGCUUGUUUAAAAAUUUUAUAAUGUGCAUAGGCUCCUAAUUGCAUAUGUGGAGGGGAAUCUGAUCUCUGGUCACGGUUGGAAAAUAGAACAAAAAGCCAAACUCAAAAAUCCUCUGACCAAAUCUGCGGGUAGAGUAGUUCUUUGAAAGGUGAUAGUGUGAUUUGCAUAGCAUAAGAUGAAAACUGCAUCUCUGUUAUGCAGUUAGAUUUUGCAAAUAAAUGCUUGUUAGGAUCCCAUUAUUAAAAGAUGCCUCUGCCCGAAUUAAGAUGCAAAUGAGACCAUGUGCCAAAGUCAACAGUAUGGUUUUAUUUAGCAGUAAAUAUGAGGUAGAGAGAGAGAUAGAAAUAGAAAGAGAGAGAGAGAGAGAGAGAGAAAGAGAGAGACAGAUUAAGUAGAAAGAUAAAGGUAAAGAUAAAGAUAUCAUCACCACAUGGAUUCUAACAGGGUCUCACUGGUCCUUCUGGUCUUCUCGGUGAUGAGGGUCCCAAUGUCGUGCUUUUUGGGUACCGCUUUUAUGCAGUCCAAGCCCCAGAUAUUCACAGGGAGUCUUGGAUGUUCCCACAACUUGGGAUGGCGUGAGUGUAAGCAGUUGUUUUCUUUCUCACAGCUUGCACAGUGGAAUUUUGUCCAGUGUGCUAAUUUCAAACCUUUACCUUCAUUUAUGUCUAUAAUCAAUGCUUUCCUUUCUCACCAUUUUCCACAGUGGGAAUCUUUGUUCGCGUACGUUACCCAGAUCUGUCUUACCAGACCUGGUUCUUAUCACAAGUUCCAGUAGUGGUGGCUUAUCUUAUGGAAAUUUCCUUCUUUGACAGUGUUUUGAAACAAUUCAUAGCAUUCUUUAAGUCCUGUCGAUGCUUUAAUGUGCAUCAAUGAGUGGAGAACUGAAACCUAAAAUACAAACAGAGAAGACGGAAUUGAAGCUUACAGGAAGAGUUAACAUAAAAAUACUAUUUCCCAUUUUUCCAGGGAUGUGACGAAAAACCAAAGUAGUUUUGGAAGAAGGUAGAAUUUAGAUAGUAAUUCUUCUGCUUAAGGAGAAAUAUAAUUAUAGCAGCACUUAAGUUUGCUUAUUCUUGAUAACGGUGCUUGCUGCUAUAGUACCAAUUCAGAAUGACAUGCUUAAUACAUAAAUCCUUUUCUAAAUCUGUAAUUAAAUACCUAGCAGUAGCAGUAAGCUAGUAAGACUAAACAUAAAAAGGACACAUAUUUUCUGAUGGCUAAGCACUCCACGCGCAUUCCAUAAACAACUUACCACACUGGAAUUAGGUAUAUACUGAUGAGGGUUUUAACUAUUUUCUGUCUUUGUGUCCACAGAACAUUACUGCUAACCUUAUACAAUUUGCUGCUAUGGCAGAAUUUUAUUUUUUUAUUAUAUAUCAUAGGCAAGGAGCAAACUAAUAGUUAAAAAAGCCUUCAAACUCUGUAGCAUAUGCCAUGAUAAAUCUGGUUAAAAUGAGUUCAGGUAGGGAUGAAAUUACUUAAAAUAAAUGGGCUGCAUACUUAGAGAAAGUAUUUAUGUCCAUAUGAAUAUUUGUUCAAGAGGGAGAAGAAUAAAGAAAUUGAUUGCUUUCCAGAGAUCUGAACAAAGUGCAGUACAUUGUACAGAAUACAGUAAAAUAAAAUUACGGUGAACUGAAUGUGUUUUGGGUGUUAUUUUUUUAAUGCCUGAAUGUUUAAGAAAUUAUUAGGGGAAAUUGUAUUUUGUCACUUCUGUGGACAGUGCUUUCUUUGAAGACAUGAGCUUUUAAGAUGCACUAAUGUUAGGUUUACAAAAGUGCCAUUUUGAGGUACUUUCUGAAAUGGAAGAAAAAUUGGGAAAAAAACCUUCUUGCAACUACAUCUUGUGUCACAGACUGUCUAAAGAAGCCCAGUGCAUGGGGGCAGGCUUCCAGACAAUGCAGGAGACACUGGAGCUACCAUGUCAGGAAGUAGGGAUGCUUGUUUGCAAGGUGAUACUAUGGUAUGUGAGUCAACAAGUAGCAGACUGUGAGUCAACAGUAGGCACUCAUUAUGCCUACAUUAGUACUUCUUGUAUAUAGUCUUCUUAAAAUGCUUGUUUAAAAAGAAAAUGUUGACUUGUUAAAAGAAAAACUUUUGACUUUUGCAAGUUAUUUGUUAUUUAUGUGUGAACCUUUGUUCUGAAGAGCAAGAGAGAGAAAGGAAAAGCCCCUUACCACCUUCCUGUAUCUGUUCACAAUAAAUACUAUGUCUAUGUUGGUUUAGAACUGAGCUAAUUUAAGUAUAAAACAGAUGGAUUUAACAAUACGGUUGUAUUCAGUUACUGUGUUAGUUAUGCUUAUGCAUCUGCAUUAUUGUAACAUUAAUCAAAUGAGGUGUGCAGCAUGCAAGGCUGGCCAGCUAACAAAGGAAAAAAUCUGUUUUUCAAACAUUCCCAGUGAGUUAUGCAGUGUUAACACUGAAGAGAGACUGUGGAGUGAAAGACUGUGGCUGGAAUGCCAACAGGUUCAAACUUAUUGAUUAGAUGUAUUCAGGUCAACACAGCCUUCUGAGACAUACCUGAGGGGCUACCAAGGGCGUUGGCCUGGUCAGCUUCUGCUGAGAGAGGUACCAUUGUUCUGACGAACAAAAAUGUAUUUUUGUAAAUACAAGGUCCUUGUGGUCGCUAAAGAGGUAAGAGACUGCCACUGUGAAUUUUCCAAGAAAUCACAUAAAAAUAAUACUCUGCUGCCUUUGUCAGGAUAACUAGCCUAGCUGUUAAAAAAAAAAAAAAAUG